CCGGCCAUGCAGAACCAGCAAGCGGCGCGGGAGCUUCCGGGGUCCUGGCCACCAGAACGUACAAUAUGGCUGAAUACCGGAGCUCCUAUGCCACUUCUGGGGCUGGGCACUUUCCACCUGCAAGACAAGGAGGCGGUGCGCCUCAGUCUGAACGCUGCUUUAGAGAAUGGCUAUCGUUUGGUGGACACGGCUGCCGUCUACGGCAACGAGGCAGCCAUAGGGAACGCGCUACGUGAGCUCCUACCGCGCUAUGGCCUCAGCCGCGAGGACGUCUUCCUUACCAGCAAGCUGAGCCCGAGAGACCACGGAGAGGGACCCGCCGAAGCAGCCUGCCUCCGCAGCUUGCGGGAACUGGGCUGUGAUUACCUGGACCUCUACCUCAUCCAUUGGCCGGGCACCCAAGGCCGGCCUCAGGAAGAUAAAGGCAAUCGAGAACGUCGGCAACUGAGCUGGCGAGCUCUGGAGAGACUGCACGAAGCUGGGAAGCUCCGGGCAAUCGGGGUCUCCAAUUACACCAUUGGGCACCUCCAGGAGCUGCUCACGAGCUGCCGCGUGCCCCCAGCUGUUCUCCAAGUCGAGUUCCACCCAGAGCUGGCCCAGUCGGAGCUGCUGGAUUUCUGUCGCCAGAAGGGCAUCCACCUGCAGGCUUAUUCUUCACUGGGAACUGGCCAGCUCGUGAGGCGGCCAGAGGUCAUGAGGGUCGCCGACCGGCAACAGCGGACCCCCGCUCAGGUCUUGCUGCGCUGGGCUCUGCAGCAGGGCGUGAGCGUCAUCCCCAAGUCGGCCUCCCCAACCCGCGUAGCCGAGAACGGCCAGCUCUGGAAUUGGAACUUGACCCAAACUGAGAUGGAGGAAUUAAGAGUGCUGGAUUGUGGGAAACACUACUGUUGGGACCCCAGCGGUGUGGCCUAG